AUAUCUCAGUAUAUGCAAUGGAACAGUGAUGUUAUGGAUGUUCUCAAAGUGGGAAAGAAAAGUGAUAAAUUUGACAACAUUAGACUGAUAGACGAUUCAAACUCUGACGGAAGUGUAGCUGAUGUAGAAGAUGAUCAAGCUGAUGGUAAUGAAUCAACAAGAAGAAAGAAGAGAGUGAGGAGAAAAAAAAUUCAUUUUCGGAGUGAUUUUGUCAAAGAUGAGAGCAGUUCUUCAGAUGAAGAUGACAGCAAAGAAAAGAAAAAAUUUGAUAUCCAGGAGAGAAAUCCAGCUGAGUUGAAUUGGCCAUUAUGGUGUUGGUAUUACACUGUGUAUGUUGCUGUUGGUAGUUUUCGCGUCGCAGAAUAUUGUGGAGAAAAACUUGCAGAUUUUUUUGGUAUCACAUCGCCUAAAUAUCAAUAUGUAAUUAAUGAAUACCACAGACUCAGACAGGAGGAGCAAGAAGAAGAGGAAGCAGAAGAACGUGAAAGAGAGUAUGCGCGCAAUCAAAACCUCGAAAGAUUAGGACAGAUGGAAGGAGGUGUAGCGACGCAUCAGAAGAAUACCAUUGCUUGACACUCCUCGGCGUGUUGUUUUGUGUGUAUGAAACGAACUUAGGGUGUCCAAGGGGAGGAACAUAGUUUCCCUAAGCUGUCGAAAGGAGCUUGAAUUUCACGGCGAGUUUUAGCUCAUUUUAGUUUUUUAUAGUCUUUAAUCAUAUAGUUAGUUAUAAAGAGAAAUAUUUUUAUAAAACUGUCGAUGUGUAAGAAAUAGUACAUCAGUCAGUAAAUUCUUUAAUGCAGAUAUUUAUAAAACAUGCAGAAAAAAUAUACUUGUAAUCUGAAUCUUUUUUGUGUGUUAUUAAAGUAGUUUAACGCACUUUGUCGUAACCAAAUUAUUAUAUUCGAUAAUAUUAUUGUAUUCUAGAUGUAAAUAAUUUAUUUAUUGUCUUAUAAAAUCGCGUUUUUUAUGGUAAUUUACCCUUUGAGAUA